GAAGUAGAAGAAGGACUUUUUAGUCGACCUGCACGUGCAGUUUUAUUGUCACGGACUCCUUGAUCAACAUCAACAUCAUCAUCAUCUACAUCAAUCUAGUAAAGUACUUGCAGAAGAACAAGAUGAAGCCGAAGGCGAAGUAGAUACAAUGGCGUCCGUCCACUUCAUAACACCGGUUUUAAGUUUAUUUCUGACUUUCGCCAGCAGCAGCACAACUUCCGCGGUCCUCGUCCAGCAGGAUGUGCGACCUCCUCCCGGCGUUGGGGCGAAGUAUAACCCCUCUGAGGGCGACACCGACGACGAGAACGAGGACUCGUUCUAUCCGAGUGGCUUCGGGCCGGACGAGCAAGAGGAGGAGGAGGACGAUGACGUCCUCGGGGCCGACCAGACCGCCCUCGGCGACUGUCCUCAGCUACCAUCGACUGAGAACUGGCUUCGCCAGUAUGGCAGGAGGGCCACGUUCGCAAUCGACAGGGUCUUGGCGAGGCAGGAAAGGCGCGCAAAACUCAUGAACUACACCCCGUUCGACAACGCGCUGGUAGGUACUGCUGGCGGGGGAGGUCUUUCGACGCUUGACGACACCGCCGGCGGUUCUUCUGCUGGAAGCUGCCCACCACGGAGUGUAAUACCUGGAUAUCGAGGAGAAAGCUUGCGGAGCCAGAUUCGACAACAGUUCGCAAAAGCUCUUCCCCGCGAGGCUUUUCCACCCCCGGAGAGAGUCGAGUACUCCGCAGACGGAAAACGCUGUUUGCAGGCGUCGGACAGCGCCUCCUACUUCGCUACGGUUCCAUCCAAUUCAGACGAGGAAAAGAUGUUGAAGGCGCUGAUGCGAACACGGUUCAACGCAAGGGGCACGUCCUGGUCGAGCGGACGCGAUCGAGACGAGGCGGUUGAGGGAAUCGAUCUGAGCGACCCGAAGAAGUUUGCGGCCUUCCGCUUGCAUAACGCCAAGUCACUACAGCGCUACGAGCGUCGAAGAGAGCAGUUAGCGAAAAAGCUGGCGAAGAUGGGAAGGAGUGGCGCAGUUGGACUUGGCGCUGCAUCAUCUUCUCAUCUUUCGGAUCAAGAAGAUGCCGGUGACACGACAGCGACGUCCCCGAUUUCGAUUUGGACCGAGCGGCCCUUUGCGAUGCGUGUGAUUCAGGAGCACUUGGGCAAGCGGCAGGGAACGAUUCCCUUGGCCAAAGCGCCUGUGCAGUGGGAAAUGGCGAACGAGAUUUUUGCCCUGCACGCGACCAGUUCUCCCAAGAUCGUGGAGCCCAUCGCUAAAAUGGGGUUGAAGAUCAGCAACAGCGAGGGCCUGUUUGGCGAGGGCAAGAUAUUUGGCGCUGCCGACAUCGCCAAAUCCGACCAGUACUGCACCACCCCCGGUCAGAUGCCGAAAGCUCUGUUCCGCCACCUGCGCAAGCUCGUGAGGAUGGAAGCGUUCUGGUCCCAGGACGCGAAAAACGAGUACCGAAACCAGCAGUUCUGCCUGGUGUUCGUCGCGCGGAUGACGAUGGGCGACACGCGGGUUGUGAACCGGUACGCCUACGCCGAAGAACUGCUGCAGACGGAAUUUUUUCCGGGCGUGCUGAAGAGGGACUCAGCCUUUCACGACGUGCUCACCGGGCGGCGCAAGGACAGCGUGAGCUACUACUCGCCCUCGUUCGUGGGGCACCCAGAGGGCGACGGAGCGUUGGGGAGCAAACUGGAAAAAAGCUUCGCGGAAGAGCAGACGUACAUCACGUUCGACGAGUACGUCCUCGAGGACGCGCGCCAAAUCUACCUCGAGUACGCCAUUUUUUACACGCGCGCGCCGCUGCCAGAGGUCGAGGGAGAGGCCGCAGCAAGAUUGGUGGAACAGAGGAAGCCUUUUCACUACUUCUCGGCAUUCGAGACGGGGACGUACUACUCGGAAGCCGAAAAGGUACCAACAGAGUGUAUGUGGUCAUGAAUCGUGAUGAUCAUCACACCCGGGUGCCUUGAAUUGCAAGACUCUUAGCAGUACAUCAACCAUCAACGACCAAAGAGAAAAGUAUCAUAAUCGAAGCUCGUCUUAAUUACUUAAUUAAAUUGCGUUUUCCUCCUGUUACAAGUACAACAUGAACAUAUUGAUACCUCCAGGUGUGGAAUUUGGUCUUGUCUCGCGGUGUGUGCCAUCCGCUUCAGAGGGACGAGUGGACCGGGAUCAGGGAGGGCCUGAGACAGUUUCUGAGGGCGCGUAUGCCCAGUCACCUUCUCUCCAAGCGCGGGCAAUUUGACAGACACAACGUGGAGGAGUGGUCCCAGAUGGCCCGCUACGCGUCGCGUCUCAAGAGGCGGUUUGCGAAGCGCAUGCUCGCAACCGUGAACCGGGCGCAUUUCGCCAGCGUUCUUGCCGAUCAGGUACCCGCAGGGGAGGCCUGGUUGCUCGGCCGCACCGAGAACGAGGCAAUGGCAAGCGCUGACGCUUUUCUGCGACCCUGGGAACUGCGGCAGCGGGAACGACUGCGCACGUUGCAGACGCUUAUUCAUACCAAGACCACGGUUGAGUCACGAAGGAUCUGGGACAACCUCGACCCCGCGACCCGCUCCUACUGCGAACAAAUCGCUAAGCUCGAGGGAAUGUGCAUUUUCGCGGACUUGCUGAUUGCGAAGGCGCGCGCGGACCCCGAGGCGGGCCACUGCGUCGCAAACUAUUUGUUCCCCCCCACGCCCACGGCGCUGCUGGUGUCGCUGUUGCCGGCGGAUGCGGAGAACCGGAUGCGGAGCAUCAUCCACCAGCACUACAAGCUCGCCAAGGACACAACGCAUGAGGACACAAAACUCAGCUGCAUUCGGGCCCAGGAGUGUCGCGACGGGGUGUUGGGCUGCGGGAGGAGCUUUCAAUUGCACAUGGAAGUGGUUGAAUCCACUGAGAACGGCGACAAGCACCUCGACCUGAGCGACCCGCUGCUCUUGAGCCGCGAGGGAAAGCGCACAGAAGUCGUCGUGUUCAACCCAGACGUGCUGCCGAACUUGCCGCCGCUGCUGCUGUUCAACGUCCCGGACAGUGACGCGGCGCAAAAACUGACGUGGUGCCACACGAGCAUGUUCCUGCGCGCAGAAGCGGUUUGGAAGGAAGGGAGGAGAGUAUGGCGUGAGCACGGGCACCAUGGAAAUCACUACCUGAUGGAGAUGGAGAUUUUCGAUCGCAGCUCUAGUGGACUUUCUGGUUCCCAGGAUCCUCCGGCGUUUGACCACACCAGCGUGUUGAAAAGCCUGCCUGAUAUCAGUACAGAGGGGCGGGCUGGUUUGACCGCGUUGGACUACAUUGCGCGCCUCUUUUCUUCUGCCGACAGGUCGUCCACCACCUCGGGAACCCGCACCCCCAGCGCGACGUCCGCAGAACAAGUAGAACAACAACUGAUCAAGCACAACAAGAGGGUGCUGAGCAAAGUCGGGGGGGGCAACGCGAUACUAUCCAAGCGAAAAGCAUCAUCAUCAUCAAAGUUUAAUAAUUUUUUCUUGCCCCGACAUUGUCGGGGCUUUCAGGAGUUUCUUGUGGAGAUCGAAGUCAACGCCAACGGCGAACAUCGAGAAGUGCAGCAGAGGGCAGUGCAGGAGCCGCCGACAAAUCAACUAGUUUAGAGAAGGCGCUGGA